UGCCACCGGAAACGAACCUUUCGAAAUAUUGUUUUGAUCCAGCUGUCCCGCAAGUUCAUGAGUGAGCAUGGAUUUUUUUAUUAUAAAUUCAAUUCAAUAAAAAUACUAGGAAGGUUAUAUUAGGAUACAACUGGAGACUCUAAAGUUGGUGAGCUAUGUUGCUGGAGGACAAUCGACCAGGACAUUCCCCAAAUAGUUUUGAAGUGCAGGCAAUGUUACUGUAAAGCAGCAAAGGCGCCAUGUCUUCGGGUCACCGGUUGCGAGAUGUGGAGCAGCACCACCCUCUGCUGGAAGGGGAGGACGUGGGGGCGGUAGGAGGCGACGCUGGGGAGCGUGGGUGGUUCAUCCAGGAUGGCUGUGGCAUGGUGUGUGCCUUCGUCACCUGGUUUCUGGUGCUGUACGCCGACUUUGUGGUGACCUUCGUCAUGUUGCUGCCCUCCAAGAACGUGUGGUACGCCGUGGUGAACGGAGUUCUGUUCAACUGUCUGGCAGUGCUGGCGCUGGCGUCACACCUGCGCACCAUGCUGACAGACCCGGGAGCCGUACCCAAAGGCAACGCCACCAAGAAGUACAUGGACAGUCUGCAGCUGAAGCCUGGAGAGGUCAUCUACAAAUGUCCCAAAUGCUGCAGCAUCAAACCAGAGAGAGCUCACCACUGCAGCAUCUGCAAGCGCUGCAUCCGCAAGAUGGACCACCACUGUCCCUGGGUCAACAACUGUGUGGGGGAGAACAACCAGCGUUUCUUCGUGCUUUUCACUAUGUAUAUAGCCAUGAUCUCCACCCACGCCCUGGCUCUGAGUGGCUACCAGUUUGUAACCUGUGUCAAAGUCCAGUGGAGCGAGUGCAGUGACUUCUCUCCGCCUGUGACGGUGAUGCUGAUGAUCUUCCUGUGUCUGGAGGGCCUCCUCUUCCUCACCUUCACGGCCGUCAUGUUCGGCACGCAGGUGCACUCCAUCUGCAACGACGAGACGGAGAUUGAGCGUUUGAAGAACGAGAAGCCCACCUGGGAGCGUCACACGCGCUGGGAGGGCAUGAGGAGUGUGUUCGGGGGGCAGCCCUCCCUGCUGUGGAUCAACCCCUUCGCAGGCCUCCGGCUGCGCAGACUUCUCCCCAGGCGCUCGAAAAAGGCCGGGGCCGAGUUCUCCGUCUGAAGGACCCGGGGACACGUCCUGGGUCCACGCACUGGACAGAUGGAUCGCCAGGGAAACGAGGCGUACCAAACUGCAUGGACUUGGUGCUCUGGGGUAUUCCAUCCAUGUAGCUGAAAUGGAUUAUAAAUCAAAGUAUUUACUUAGUAGUUGUUGUAGAUCAGAUGGACAGGAGACUACCGUGGUGUAGCAGAUGAAACCACUACAUGCUCCGACGACGUUCACUGAGCUUCAUUCUGACUUCACUCGCGUUUGGAAGUCAACCAGGAAACAGAGGGAAGCACUACUCAGAUUCUUUUAUUUAUUCGUUUCUAUGCUUGUUUGUUGUUUGUUUGAUCUCCUUGCCGAGGGGGAGCGCUAUUCUGGCUGCACAAACAGAAAAACAGAAUUGAGAGCGUUAAAGAGAGUUUACCACUCAUAAUGUAUGCCUAUGAUAUCAUCUUGUUUUUAAGUAUAUCCUGCUGGAGAAUUCUAUACCCCCGAUCUGUGUGAGUGUAUCCUGCUGGAGAAUUCUAUACCCCCCGAUCUGUGAGAGUGUAUCCUUGCUGGAUUUGUUAUUGACCUCAGAUAGAUGGUAAAUCUGUUUAGAGAAGUGGAUGAAAUCAUGGAUCAAAACUACAGCUGCCUGAACGGAUAAUAAAACACCAGAAUCAGCUGUUCUGAAUCAACAAGAAGCAAUCCUAAAGAAACUUUUGUCCUGUUUGAAAUCUGUGCUGUGAAUGAGCCGGUUUAAAUUGGUUUGACCUUGCUUUUCUAUUGGAAUAGACCGUAUGAUUGUGUGUGUGUGUGUGUGUGUGUGUGUGUAUUACCUCAGCACAAUCAUUGAAAUUUCAGUUCCCUGCAUUGUUGGGACAUGGUUUUCGCAAGACCAGAAACUGAACUGUUAACACUUGGAUGUCCAGCUGGCUUCCUGUGCUUCGUUUCCCCUCACAGAGUCUGUACUGGUUUACUGAUUUAGUAAUUAACGGUGAACAUGUCUCCUGUUUCUUCAGGAUUUAUGUGCAAGGAAGCUGGAUACAUUGUCCAGGAAUGUUUCACAAAGUAGAAAUGUUUUAUAAAAGGUUUUGGACUAUUAGUCUGUCUUUUUCCUUGUUUUCAAAUAAUUUUUCGGUGGUUUCGCAAGCAUUGUUUGAAUGGCUAUUAAAUGAACUUCAUUGCUACCUCUAAUUAUCCUUAUCUGAUUGUAGGUAUUACUGAGACUAAACCUAUGCCUUGAACAAGCCCAUACAAGGUACCUUGAAUAAACUGAAACACAUCUAUGUGA